GAAGCUGUGUGACCGAUGUGUGCGUGUGUUAAAAUAAAUUUAGUUUGCGGCAUUUAUUUCUCAAUAAGUUUACAAUCGAAAACGUCAAAAUAAUUGAUUUUCAAUCAAUUAAACUAUUCGAAUCAAAUGAAAAAUGUGUUUAGACUGAAUUGAAUGCAAAUCGUUGAAUGCAAUCGUUGAAUUUCACUUUUCAAUCAGCAGUGUUCAUUGCACGGUGCUUAACAAAUUCUAAAUUCAUUGAAUUGAAUUCAACCAGAAACAAACAAAAUAUAUCAUAAAGGGAACACUUGAGAUGAGAUUUUUUAUAAAAGAGAGUUUAUAGAAAACGGUUCAGACACAUGGAAAUCGUGUGAGUGAUUCAUUGGAGGGGAAAUACGGUUUUUUUUCUUUCAUUCGAGAGCGAUUCACAAUGUGAAUGUAAUGCAAGUGUCAAGUGAAUGAAUGGUCUAUGAAUCUCAUAGAAAUUGCGAAUUAAAGCCUUUUUGUUUUGUUAUGAAACGAAAUUGAAUAGUGAACAGGACUUUAUAUUUAGAUCGCCCGUUGAAUAGUCAACAAUCACAAAGCAGCAGAAAAAAAAACGUUCAAAUAGCCCAAGCAAAUGGUGUUUUCUAGUUGAACAAAAUUCAGUGUAUGCCACACAGCCAAUGGAUUUAUGCUCUGAAGAAAAAAAAUGAUAAUCUCAAUGCAAUAAAAGCGAGCGCGGCCAUGCAAGAUACGUGUUAUGUGGAUUGCGGCUCAGAAUGAAUUCAAUAAAAUAAAGUGACACUGGUGAAACUGCAACAGAAAUAGUGGGAGGAGUUAUUCAAGAAUUUCAACCAGUCGAAAUAUUACUUAUUUCUGAAUUUACUGAUUAAUCAAUUACAGCAAUGAUGUGCAAUAAAUUAAUAAAAAUUUUGACAUUUGUCUGUGUGGUGAUGUGUAUUGUGCGAGCGGAUAAUGGAAUGCAAGGAUUGGGAGUCAGUCCAAUUCCACAAAUACCGCCCAUUCCACGCGAUCCAAAUUCGAGAUGCGAAGAAAUUAAAAUAUCAAUGUGUCGAGGAAUUGGCUAUAAUUUAACAUCAUUUCCAAAUGAAAUGAACCAUGACACGCAAGAGGAAGCGGGUCUUGAAGCAAAUCAAUUUUUUCCAUUGGUCGAAAUGAAGUGUUCGCCUGAUUUAAGAUUUUUCCUUUGUUCAUUAUACAUGCCCAUUUGUAUCGAAGAUUAUCACAAACCAUUGCCCGUGUGUCGAGCUGUGUGCGAACGAACGCGGUCCGGAUGUGCACCAAUCAUGCAAAAGUACAGUUUUCCAUGGCCAGAACGAAUGGCAUGUGAACGAUUCCCUGAAUUUCAAGCGAAUGAUGUACUUUGCAUGCAACCGGACAGCUAUAACACCGAAAAUACACCCCGUCCAGGUGAAGUGGAUCGACCAGGCGGCAAAUCAAAACCACCGAAUCGAGGAGAUAAAUGCAAGGGAAAGAAGUGUCAAAAUGGCACAAACGAUCGUAACAUUGGUACAUCGACAAAAACAUGCGAUUGUACAUGCAAAGCACCACUUAUACCAAUAACCAAAGAAAACGCUCUCUAUAAUACAAGUACAACAAAAAUUGGUACAGUUGAAAAUUGUGCGAUUCCAUGCCGCGGUGCAUUUUUCACGCGUGAUGAAAAGGAUUUUGCUGCUGUUUGGAUAACUUUAUGGUCGGGAAUGUGUUUCAUUAGCACAUUGAUGACAUUGACAACAUUCGUUAUUGACACCGAACGAUUCAAAUAUCCCGAACGGCCCAUUGUAUUCUUAUCACUUUGCUACUUUUUAGUGGCCAUCGGAUAUCUUUAUCGCGUAUUUUUGGGCCAUGACGAAGUUGCUUGCGAUGGUCGCAUCAUCAAAUAUUCAUCGACCGGUCCAACAUCGUGUACGAUGAUAUUUUUGGUGACAUAUUUCUUUGGAAUGGCAUCAUCGAUUUGGUGGGUAAUUUUAUCAUUCACUUGGUUCUUGGCUGCCGGUCUAAAGUGGGGCAAUGAAUCGAUUGCAAAACACUCGCAAUAUUUUCAUUUGGCCGCCUGGCUUAUACCAACGGUUCAAACAGUUGCCGUUGUACUUGUUCAAGCAGUUGAUGCCGAUCCGGUUUCUGGUAUUUGUUACGUUGGCAAUCUAAAUAUGGAACAUCUUAAAACGUUUGUAUUGAUACCGUUGGUCAUUUAUUUGGUGAUCGGUACGUCGUUUUUGGGAGCUGGUUUUGUAUCAUUAUUCCACAUAAGAUCAGUGAUUAAGCAACAAGGUGGCAUUGGAGCCGGAGCAAAGGCUGAUAAAUUGGAGAAAUUAAUGAUUCGUAUUGGUAUAUUCAGCGUAUUGUACACGGUGCCAGCGAGCAUUGUAAUCGGUUGCUGUUUAUAUGAAGUUUAUUUCUAUGAUGAUUGGAUGGCAUCACUGACUUGCCCAUGCAAACAGAUGCUUGGCGUUCGACGUAAACCACUGUACUCGCUGCUUAUGCUAAAAUAUUUUAUGGCACUCGCUGUUGGCAUUACAUCUGGUGUUUGGAUUUGGUCUGGAAAAACACUUGAUUCGUGGAAACGUUUAUGGCGUCGAAUUUUCGGUUCACCCGAUCGCAGCGGAGCAAAUCAAGCAUUAAUUAAACAACGGGCAGCCGUUCCAUAUCCAUACGCCGGUUCUGGCAUUGGAGUUCCAUCAGGUGCAGCAUCACUUCUAGCAACGCCAUAUACCCAAGCAGUUGGAAGCGUUGCAUCGACAAGCCACCAUCAUUUGCACCAUCAUGUUCUUAAACAACCGCCGGCUAGCCACGUAUGACCUGGAGAUAUUGGCGGCGCAUCAAUAACCGGCGGAACAACGACCGGCCCCGGUUCUAUUGAUCCUCGAGCCGUCAGCGUCGUGGUUACAUUGCCAUCACAUGGACAAGUGCCGGGACAAGCAUUGAGCGACUAUGGACCUAUAUAGUUUAACGUGACCUACGCCGCUAAUGUGACAUGAACGGGAAAUGUUCAAUUACUUCACACCGACGUCAAUGCCCACAAAUAAUAAUAAUUUUUUUCUUUUAAUUUCUAUAUAUAAUUCAAACGAUGAUUCUCCCACAAUAAUUAUUGUAUGAUUUCCAAUUGAUUACAUUUUUUUUAUGUAAAGAGUACAUGAAUUUGAAAGCAAGUGGAAAAAAAUCAACAAAAUAACUAACAAGCACACAAAACCAACUAACAAAUUACGAAAAGAGAAUGGAAAAUCUUUGACGGUGACAAGUGUAGAUGCCAUACAUCUAAUAUGUUUGUCUUUGUAAAUCAUUGUGGAAACAAACCAAACACGAUUUGAUGCGAUUGAAAAUGAUUCUGGUCAAAAUCAAAUCGAAUAAUUUGACUUUAUUUACUUGAUUGAUUUGUACGAUAAUCGCUUUAAUAUCGCCAUACAAAGCAUAACAUUGAACAGAUGAAAAAUGUUGUUUGUCAUCAAAGCGACGUUUUGUCGUUUGCUGAACAAAAUGCAUAUUUUUUAUAUAAAUAAAUACAAAAAAAAAAACAAA